CUAAUUAAUGUAUGAAGAAAAGUCUCUGCAGUAGAUGAAGGCUGCCUCUCUAAAAACAUGUGGGCCCCGGGCUGCCAUUGGAUUAACAAAGAGAGAAGUAGCCUACUUGGGAGCAAUACAAUGGUCCAUUCUCAUUCAGUAAUAAUCCUUGUCGGUAUUGCAAGCGGUUUCAUAUGACUCCGCAGAGAAAAGGCUACUACCAACACCUCUCUGGAGAAGUGUUUCGGCUACAGAUUAAAAAAUAGAAAUGUCAACUAUAAAUGUCCGAGUUACAACCAUGGACGCUGAGCUGGAGUUUGCCAUCCUGCCCAGCACAUCUGGCAAACAGCUUUUUGACCAGAUAGUGAAGACGAUCGGGCUGAGGGAAACCUGGUUCUUUGGCCUCCAGUAUCAGGACAGCAAGGGCUUCUCCACGUGGCUCAAGCUGAACAAGAGGGUGACAGCUCAGGAUGUGAAGAGGGACAACCCUUUGUUGAUCAAGUUCAGGGCCAAGUUUUACCCUGAGGAUGUCACAGAUGAACUGAUCCAGGAGGCAACGCAGCGCCUCUUCUUUCUGCAGGUAAAAGAAUGCAUCUUAAAUGAUGACAUAUACUGUCCACCUGAGACUGCAGUGCUCUUGGCCUCGUACGCGGUUCAGGUCAAACAAGGAGACUACAGGAAAGACUAUCACGUACCGGGAUACCUCGCAAGAGAGAAGCUGCUGCCGCAGAGGGUUUUGGAGCAGCACAAGCUGAAUAAGAAUCAAUGGGAGGAAAGAAUCCAGGUGUGGCAUCAAGAGCACAAGGGACUGCUGAGAGAAGACGCCAUGGUGGAGUACCUCAAGAUAGCCCAGGAUCUGGAGAUGUACGGGGUCAACUACUUUAACAUUAAGAACAAGAAAGGAUCAGAGCUGUGGUUGGGAGUGGACGCGCUGGGGCUGAACAUCUAUGACAAAAAGGACAAGAUGACCCCAAAGAUUGGAUUCCCCUGGAGUGAGAUCAGAAAUAUUUCCUUCAACGACAAGAAGUUUCUCAUCAAACCAAUCGACAAGAAAGCUCCGGACUUUGUUUUCUACGUACCUCGCCUUCGCAUCAACAAGCGUAUCCUGGCAUUGUGUAUGGGGAAUCAUGACCUGUACAUGCGUAGACGUAAACCUGACACCAUUGAGGUGCAGCAGAUGAAGGCCCAGGCCAGGGAGGAGAAGAACAAGAGGCAGUUGGAGAGGGCUCUGCUCGAGAGUGAGAAAAAAAAGCGAGAAAACGCUGAGAAGGAAACAGAGAAGAUUGCUCGUGAGACCAUGGAGCUGAUGGAGAGAUUGAGACAGAUUGAAGAGCAGACAAAGAGAGCUCAAGAUGAGCUGGAGGAGCAGACUCGCAGGGCUCUUGAGUUAGAGAAGGAGAGGACAAUUGCUCAGGAGGAGGCUGAGCGCCUGGACAAGGACCGCAAAGCUGCGGUGGAAGCUAAAGCAGCCCUGCUACAUCAGUCUGAAUCCCAGAUCAAGAGCCAGGAAAGCCUGGCCACUGAGCUGGCAGAGCUUACCUCUAAGAUCUCCCAGCUGGAAGACGCCAAGAAGAAAAAGGACGAGGAGGCGAAUAGAUGGCAGGAAAGGGCGACGGUUGUAGAAGCUGAUUUGGAGCGAACCAAAGAGGAGCUGAAGACUAAACUCAUGGGUGUCCACAUCCAGGAUUCAGUCCACUCUAAUAUGCAUGAGCACGACGAGACGGAUGAGAGCAGUGCAGAGGCGAGUGCUGAGCUGACUUCUCCGGGUAUGGUCCGAGAUCGCAGUGAGGAGGAAAGGGUAACAGAGACACAGAAGAACCAGAGGCUGCAGAAAGACCUCAAGUUCCUGAGCGCUGAGCUGGCUGGAGCUGUAGACGAGAGCAAAAAGACCCCCAAUGACCUGAUCCACGCUGAGAAUGUGAAGAAGGGCCGCGACAAAUACAAGACCCUACGUCAGAUUCGUCAGGGCAACACCAAACAACGCAUUGAUGAAUUUGAGUCCAUGUGAGAGGGGCUGCUAUAGGUCCACUCGGACUGAAGGCAAGAUAAGGAUAGAUGAUGAAAUCGGACAUAUUGAGAGAUUUUAGAAGUGUAUAGGUGCAGAUUAUUGCAUAGGUAGAAAAAUAACCUGACAUAACAGGUUGAAUAUGACGGCAAAUUAUAUUAUUACCGCCUUUAUAUGGAUAGUUUGGGUAUUUUGAAGUGGGGUUGUAUGAGGUACUUAUACAUAGUCAGUGUAUUACCUACAGUAGAUGACGGUCGGCAUGCCCCCAGUUUGGAGAAACAGACAGGA